UCGAGAAUUCAAUGGAAAACAAUAUCCAGAUCUGUUAAGUAAUAUUGAUUCGCAAGAUGCUUUUGGAGUUUAUUUUGCUAAACAAUCAGUGGAAAUCAAGGAAAAUCUGCAAAAACUUCGAAAUCAAAUCGAAAAAGAUAAAGAAUAUAAAGAAGAAGAAGUAAAUAAAGCCAAAAAAGAAUGUGAACAACUCAUGAAAAAAGCCAAUGAUCUUAUAUGUCAAUGUAAAUUGAAUCAGUUUUCUGUUCUUCUGAAAUGCGAUCGAUGCAAUACUAUAAAGGAAGCGGAGAAUAUAACAGUCAACAUUUAUGAAUGUCCAUUACCAGCAGACGAAAGUAAAGCUUUAGCUGUUAUGUUCGAAUUACAAAUGCCAAUUGAAAUCCGAUGUUAUCGAGACAUCCUUUGGCAAUUCAUAAAUCGUCCUAAACCCAAUCCGUCGCAUCAAAUGCACGAAUGGUUAAGUAGACGUCCCCAUAGUACAAAACUUCAACCGUUCUACAAAGGCCCAAAGCAUUCCAAAGUGAAAUUAGUAUCUACCGUUAAGUCGAUAUCAGAAAGUCGUUAUUCAGGUGCACGAAAGGUCAUAAAUACACCAUUGGAAGGAUACUUUUAUGAGAGUGCUCUAUCGGUUGAAAUCUCUCCAACUAAAACAAUCGAAUUUUCAGAAGAAUGUCGAAUUUUAACUCCCGAACUAACAGAUCCAAAUUACAAAGAUUUACAAUUCUCUAUUGAUAAUACAAAAUUCGUUCAAAAUUGUGUUAUAGCUGAACUGUCAAAGUGUUCACAAGAAUUAUCAGUAGCAGAAUUUGUUGAGUUUGGUUCAUUUCGUUCUGGUCAUCGUUUACAAUGGUGGAAUCUUUUAAGUAUUCUUGAAUCAGAUUCUCUAUCGAUGGAUGAAGAAAGUGUUGCAAUACUCAUUACACAUGCACUUUUGCAAUAUGGUCCAGUAACAGACGACCCAACUUCCCUUCUCAAUCGAUGGUGUCCAGAAUCACAUCAACAAUUAUUAGAAGAUCAUUUUCUAGAUGAAUUAAUGACAAGAAUAGAACGUCAUUUGAAAGAUUGUGAAUGUAAUUGGCAAAAAGAAUUGAUCUUAAUAACUAUAACAAUAAUCGUCAUGAGAAUGUUUAGUCUUUGUAAUUCAACAAGAAAAAAGCAAAUGACUAAUUUAGUUUUUAAAUGUCGUCGACUUGGUGAAAAAUGGAUUCAAGCUAUUUCGAAACAUAUUCAAAAUCCAUCUUCACUGGAUUCUGAUAAUACGAAUACAUUGCGUGAUAAAAUUUUUAUAAUUGGUAUUGCAUGUUUACAAACAUUUUCAAUCUAUGCUGAUACCAGCAAUUCAUUAGAGUUAUCAAAUCAAGAUGUUAUUUUCUUAUUGAAUAUAUCAAUAACUGUUCAUGAUAAUAUGAUUUUAACCAAGAAAAGUACAAAUAUGAGUGUAUUUAUGAGAAAUUUGCUGCGUUCUAAAGAACGUAUUUUAGUAACAAUACAACCACUUGUAAGCGAACUUCUUGAAAAAACUUCCUAUGAAAGUUUAAAUGAAUUCUGCUCUCUAUAUUGGGUAAUUCUACGAAGUAAGGACAAUAUGAAGGGAUUAUGGAAGAAAAGAAGUAAAGAUAAAUAUGAUGGUUGGUAUGAUGGUGUAUAUGAAUCGAAUAAAAUAUCGAUUGACUGUGUACGAGGAAGGUUUUUUGUUAAUGAACUAAGUAUCGGUUUUUUACCGGAUAAAAUAACUUCAGAUAAUUUAUUCGCUCGUGUAUUUGGUCAGCAUAUUUUUGAAGUACAACCAUCCGAAUCAGAAAAAACCUACAUCACAAAAUAUGGAUACCAUGCUAAUGGAAAAACUCAUUAUGAGUUCACUUUUAAUGAUGGAAAUAAUCUUGACGGGUAUUUAAUAGUCUAUGAACGACACAUGGAAACAAAUGAUAAAUUCGAAUUAAUACCUCCAAGUUGUUUUGAAACAGAACUACCUGAUAUUUUAGUUUCAAAUUACAGUCAUUGGUGGAAUGAAAAGAAUCAAAUUGUUGAGUUUCGGUCUAUACAUUUCCUAGAUCCUAACUUUUUAACUGACAAACAUUAUAUAUUAGAACUGAAAAAUGGAUUUAUUAGAACGUGCAACACUAAAAAUAGACAAAAUCUGAUUAAUCCAUCAUCACAAUUCUUUCAGAACUUGUUUACAAUGUAUUUCAAACGUCUUGAUGAAGAGUCAUAUGUGUACAUGUUAAGAGAGGGUAUUACGAUAUUUCAUAUUCAUCUAUCUCGAUUAGGCAUUGCUUUCAAAUAUGACGCUCAAAACAAGAUCAUAACGUCUCGUGAGUAUUCCGAUAUGCAUAUCGAUGAAAAUCAAUUGUUUGGAACAUUGACUGGUUUGGAAUCUGGUCUUCUUCUUUCGUCAAUAGCAAAAGUAAAUCAUGAAAAUAAGCAUUAUCUUUGUCGAAAAUUAAUUGUCCCUUUCGGGCAACUUCAAUCAAAGAAGAACUCUAACAACGACCAUCAAAUUGUAACUAUAGAGCGAAAAUCAUUAGAAACAUCAUUUAUUCAUGAAUAUUUUGUUUUUACAUUAAAUGAUCGUUUACGUAUUCUUCAACCGACUGAUAGUCCAACAGGAUAUCUCUAUUCAGCAUUGUUACAUGCACUAACAUCUCAUCCAUUGCCCGAUCAAUACACAGGAAUGACUGGAAUGGAACGCUCAUUUCAAUUAUUGUAUUCGGCUGGUUGCUGGUCUGAUCAACCGUUCGAUUCAAUUACAAGAAAUAUUCUUCUUCA